UAAUCAUGUAAAGUUGUAAUACGUCCGUGCCUACGUAAUCAUUUGAGCAGUUUGAACUUGAUCAUGGAAGAGGAAAAUUCUAGGAAGUAAAUACGAAAUAGUAUCAGGAUUAGUGCACGAAUGUGACAAAAUUUUCAACUUAAUCAGCGGCAACAUUUUUCCAAUCCUUCCUUUAAGGAUGGUCGCCCGCGCAAUUCCGGAAACUCAUCAACAUUUUCGAGCAUUUUUUCCUUUUACCCAAAUGCCAAGCACUGGUAAUAGUUAGUCAGCGGGGAUGGUUGAAUUUUCCAAGCCGUUAGUCGGAGCAGCUACCUUCCUCGCUUUCUACAGUAUGCAUUCUUUUAUUAUUUUUAUUUUCUGGAGGGGUUCUGGUUGGCUGGUGGACUUUCUUCACUUCUUCUUCUUCUUCUUCAUCAUCAUCAUCAUUUUCGUUCCCACCCAUCUCCUCACAGAUCCUGUUCUCCUCCUGCCACUUUCUGUUUGGAGUGGAUGAAAUGCUAAUUUGUACUUCUCCUUCUCAUCUUGACUCCUGACAUGCGUUACAUUGAGGGGAGUAUCAUUUGAUUUGACACUGCAAGAGUCUGAGAGGCAAUGGGAGGGUGUUGUUCCAAAAAAAGAGUUGAUAAGAGUAACUUAUAUGCUGCUGGCCGUGGUGGUAAUUAUGGAUCUGGUGUGGCUUAUCAGCCGACUCAGGUGUCCUUGAAUUCAGGUGGCAUGAGCCCACAGGUGAGGGAAAACAUGGAGAAGGAAUUACCAGAAUCAGAGGACGUGUCAGAACCGAAAAAAUCACGAGAACCAUCUCCAAAUCAUCAGAAAGGCAUGCCUGGAUAUGCGAACAACAUGGAUGAUUUCUAUGAUGGGAUUCCACGAUAUACAAGGGCUCGAUCUCUGAAAUCUAGAUCAUUAAGGUCACAGGGGGCGGUUGCAAAGGUUUCAGAAGUUAGCACACGUUUAGGUAAAGCUGGUAGUCUUGGGCUUGGAAAGGCAGUGGAGGUCUUGGACACACUUAGUAGUACUGUGAUAAAUUUGAACCCUACCGGUGGAUUUGCUUCUGGGGGUGGGACUAAAGGCAAUGAAAUGUCAAUUUUAGCUUUUGAGGUUGCAAAUACAAUUGUUAAGGCUUCCAACCUUAUGCAAUUCCUUUCAAAAAGAAGCAUGAGACAUUUGAAAGAAGUGGUGCUUCCUUCGGAAGGUGUACAACGUUUAGUAUCAACAGAUAUGGAUGAACUUCUAAGAAUUGUUGUGGCGGACAAGAGGGAAGAGUUGAAAAUUUUUGUGGGAGAAGUGGUUCGUUUUGGAAAUCAUUGUAGAGAUCCUCAGUGGCACAACUUGGACCUUUAUUUUGAGAAACACAGCAGAAGUCUUACUUUUCAGAAGCGGUUGGAGGAAGAAGCAGAUACAGUGAUGCAGCAACUAAUGACCUUGGUUCGGUAUACAGCUGAGUUAUACCAUGAGCUGGGUAUGCUGGACAGAUACGAACAAGAUUAUCAGCACAAGCGUCUGGAAGAUGCUAUUUCAAUUGGUCCUAAAGGUGGGGGCCUUGCAAUCUUGAGGUCAGAAUUGAAAAACCAAAAGAAGCAAGUACGAAAUUUAAAGAAGAAGUCACUCUGGUCCAGGAGUUUAGAAGAGGUGAUGGAGAAGCUUGUAGAUAUUGUCCACUUUUUACAUCUGGAGAUACGCAAUACCUUUGGCACUGUAGAUAGUGAUACACCUGUAAAUGGAUCUGUGAGUGAUCAUCAAAGAUUGGGACCUGCUGGUCUUGCAUUGCAUUAUGCAAAUAUUGUUAUGCAAAUUGAUGCCCUUGUAGGUAAAUCAAGUAAUAUGCCUCCAAGCAUAAGAGACGCAUUAUACCAGAACCUGCCACCUAGUAUAAAAUCAGCUCUGCGCUCCAAGAUACAAUCUUUCCAUGUCAAGGAAGAGCUAACCAUCACAGAAAUCAAAGCUGAGAUGGAGAAAACAUUGCAGUGGCUUGUUCCAAUUGCCACAAACACAGCCAAAGCCCAUCACGGCUUUGGUUGGGUUGGAGAGUGGGCAGGCACAGGGAAGGCAGCUGUGCAGACUGAUGUGAUUCAAAUUGCAACAUUCCAUCAUGCAGACAAGGAGAAAACUGAAGCAUUCAUUCUUGAACAAAUACUGUGGCUUCAGCAUUUGGCAAGCCGGUCCCAGCAUGGAACCAAUGGUGUAGGUGUGAGGUCAACUAUCAAAUCCCCAACAAGCUCAUCCACCCAUAAACCGAAUCAACAACCCAAUGACAAAGCCACCAACGCACCCUCACCCAUCCUAACUGAAAAAGACCAGGAAAUGCUGCAGAACAUGAGUAAGAAAAAACGAGCCUCAAGAAUCAGCAAGAGCCUGGACUUCGACUCAGUGAAAACCGGGCUAAGAAAACACAACAGGCUGAGCAAGAGCGGCAGCUACUCCCCAACAAGAGGAAGCAAGGAGUUAGCACCUGUGACCAGGUUCUCAUCAGGCUUGCCUGUCAUUGAUUUCGGUAUUGACAAGAAGAAGGCUUUGGAUGUGAUUGAUAGAGUAGACACGGUCAGAUAGAAGGGCUUCACACAUUCUGCAGAUUGCAGCCUGUGUAGCAUGGAAAGAUGGGAUUCCAUUACUUUGGUUCAUAUGCAAGGCAGGUAUCUAAAAACAAUACAGUGCUGAGUUGUGUGUAUAUGAUUUUGUGGCUCAAGCUUGUGUAAAUAUGACCCCGUAUUUUACCCUGUGCGUAGAAAACAUUUCCGGGAAAAUUUGUAGCUCCAAGACGAUGACGGUGAUGAUGAUGGUUUCCAGUAUCAGAAGGAAGGCCAAUUGAGAAAGAUGUAUUUGUAAAUGUCACACAUUUUCUGAGUUUCAUAGCCCAAGGCGGAGGUUUUGUUUCUUCUA